UAGAAGUAACUUAUGGAUGUAAUGCAUUGAUAAGAAAGAAUACCAAAAAAGUUGUUGCUUUUUUUUUUCUUUCCCCACCUCAAUUUUGUUUUUUUGUUUUUUUUUUAUGUGUGUAUGUGUUCAAUGUGAAAAUCAUAAAGUCGGCAGCUGGGAAGACUAGAAAUGUUGUGUGUUAGAAAACGGAGAGACUUCGUGGAGGAUAUACACAUUAAGUUAACUGUCACCGUUUACUUCUCUAAUGCCGACUAUCGGUAAAUCUUCUUCUUCACACGCUGUCGCCAUCGUCACCAUCUCAUGCGACAGUAGCCCCUCUGGUACCACCAAUACCGACAACAACAGCAACAAUAUUGAAAACAGAACCAGUGUCUUCCGUGCUCCAUCAGUGAUUCCAGAAUCACCUGUAUUACCACUAGCCCCGCGAACAACCCUAUUAUCGCCACCACCGCUAACCCUGCUGCUACCAACAUCACCAUCAACUCCACUACCGCCAACACCAACACCGUUAUCAUAUCUGUUACUAUUUUCUCUAGUAGUACCACCACUAUUACCACUACUACCAGCAUCACACGCAACUACAACGAUAACAACCUCACUUCUACCACCAUCUCUACCGCAACUACCACCACCUUUACUGUCUCCUUCACUGACAACAACACCACUUCCUACACCAGCACCAACACCAACACUGCCACCGCCUCUAUCAUCAUUACUAUUAAUACAAGCCUUGUUAUCGCCAUCAUGACUUCGGCUAGCAUCUCUGUUACCAUUCCGGUUAGGUUGAUCGCUGUGAUCACAAUUGCUGUGAUACAAUUUCUGGUCGCAGUGAGGACAGCAUCGGCCCAGGAUCUGUAUGAAGGGGCUACACAGCAGUUACCUUCUGCAACAACAUCUUUUGCCUCGGUUGACAAUAGAACAGAAGAAGAAGCAGCGACCCAGUUGGCUCCAUUACCACAAGAAAACUCCACGUUAGUUACUACCGACCAACCAGAAUACACAGACGUCACAAUUUUAGACGAAUCCAUUUUAACGACACAGUUUCAAGAAAUAUCCACUGUCUCACAAAGAAACCAACCAGCUGAUAUUCAUACUAAUGGAAAUAAUGAGAAGAAAAGCAUUGACAAAAAUGGUCGAGUUACGGAUAUUAUUACCCAGAAGAACAUUGUCGUUGACAAAAGCGAUAAUAAGAUCGUUAUACAAGCAGACAGAAAAGGUGGAUUGAGAGAGGAAGCUGUUGCCAAAAAUGACAGUUUUAUAGAGGGACUUGUUAGUGACGAUCAUGGCGGUGGUGGUGGUGAUGCUGGUAUUCUUAUGAAGAAAAGGAUUUCAAAGAGUACUAAACAAAAGGCACAAGAACCGAUAAUUUUCAAAAGCGAUUUGGAUAUUUUACAACAGCAAUUAAAGCACCAAAACCAAGAACUCGCUGAUCUUCGGAUACGUCUUUCUGAAAGUGACAUCGCUUUGAUUGAUAUAGAAACGAAAUUCUACAAAUACUUACAAACGGAAAGGUUGGUGUCAGAUGGCACGGAACACGAUAGAAAUACUUUAAAGCAACGACUCUCUAAUCAAGAUACCAAACUGAAGCAAUUACCGAGAUUGUUCGAUUGUCAAAACAGUUUUCCUAAAGAAGCUGACUUCGAUAUUUUUCGAAAUCAAGUGGAAGAUAACUUCAAGUCGGUAUUAAAAGAAUUGGAUUAUCUUCGAGCCUGGCGUCAAGAUUAUUUGAAACAAACAACAGAGUUAACUGCGACUGAAGCUUUUGAAAAUACUUUUCAGUCUGCCUCGGUGCCUAGUGAACAAUCUGAAAGGGACAAAUUCAAAGAGAUUAAGGGUAACAGUUCUAUGGAUUUACAAACAAAUACAAGCAAAGAUUUCGAGAAUUUAAGUUUAGAAAAUAACUCAAUAUCGAAACAUAUGUUUGCAACACAUCUGAAACAUGAUUUCUCAAACAUAACGUCACAAACAGACGACAUUACUGAGUCUACAGAAACUUUUAAUAUCACUGAAGACAAGAAAAUUGAAGAAUUUGUGUAUCUCGAAAAGCUACUACAGGAAAUAAACCAAAAAGUAGAUACUGCACACACACGCCUUGAUAACUUGGAAGAAAACAUGAUACUAUCUAUGGAGAAUGUUUCACAAAUAUUAAGCUUAUCGCAAGAAAUUUUAAAUGGAAAUAUUACGUUCCUCCAGUUCCAGAUUAACCAAAUUUUUGCUCGACUUGAAUCAAAACAAAAUCAGUCUGAAAUUAAUAUUUAUUAUGAAGAGCUUAAACCAAAUUUUACUAGACUUAUUAAUGAAGUUUAUCAGGAACUGAAGACAGCAAACACCAUCGAGCGAAGUUACAAUGACACGGCAGAUACCUAUGUUUUACCUUUAAAAAACAGUUCUAAAGUUGUUGGAAAUGUUAGCAGACCAUUCGAUUAUACCAUUAAUGCAAGCUGGAAUUUUACAAAUAUUUCUCAAAUAAAUGGAGAAGAAGCAUAUAACGAUUUUUCUUCUGAACUGAUUAGUAUUAAACAAAAUUUUACUGAACUUUACCGCAAGGUUGAAAAUGUUGAUUCCAAUUAUGCUGAUGUUUCUCAACGCCUAGAUCGUUUUUCUCGCCAGUUGUCUUCCAUUAUGACACGACUAGAACAGGAUACGGAUCAUCAGAAUGGAUUAUCUUUGAAUAAAUUAUCACUCAAAAGUAAAAGCGUUUCGAGUCAUUUAGAUGUUUUAAACGAAGAUUAUAAGAAAGAUGUAGGAAACUUGGAUUCUAAACAAAGUACUGGAUUGAAAUCAAAUGAAAGUUUCUUCCAAAGUACAGAGUAUUUAGAAUCGACAUAUUUUCCCAACACGUCAACAACUUUCCAAAAUAAAACCGAAGAUAAACUAUUCAAAUGGAUAUCUAGAAAUUUUUUUAGAAAUAUAACUUCUGAUCAGUUUUUAACACUUUCGGAUAUUUCCGAGACAAGUAAGACAGGCGAAAAUGCUUUGUGUUAUAAUUUCUCAGAUGUAAACGAUUCAGAUUCUGAAGUAUCAAUAUUGAAAACCUUUUUGGAACAUUUAGGAUCUAUGUUAAUAGAAGUUAAAAACCAUUUAAAUAUAAUGUGUUCUGAAACGAACCGAACAUCGGAUCGUUCCGAGAAAGAAACGACGAUAAAUUCUUCUAGUGUUGAGAGCGAAACAUUUUACGGGAAUAUUACAGAAAAUUCAGCAACUUCUGAAAACAUUACUUUUCCAGACGAGUCUUUUGACACUCGAGGGAACUCUACGUUUUUAUCGUCUAUUAAAAGUACCCAUAGCGGAAUAAAACACAAUAUAAAUAAAAAUCAUUCUGCACUCCAUAAUUCUACUAUGCAUAGCUUUGAAGAAACAGAAGGAAAAGAAAACAAAACAGUCGUGGAAUUGGAGCAAUAUAUGUUUUCUUUAGGUGAUAUGGAAAAUGAAACUUUACCUGGACAUAAUUUUUCUGGAGUAACUCAUUCAAAACAUUUGGAACGUAUCUACUUUGAAAUUAAAACCCUUAGUUUAAGGAUUGACGUACUUGAAAAUAAACUUCUUUUGUUGAAUAAGGAGCCUUUUGCAGACAUGGAAGCAAACAAAACUAUUCCUUUCGUUGGAAGCGACUACAGAGGGUCAGGAUCUUUAGAUUCAGAGCUUACUGAGGACCAGGAUGUUUUACAAAACUUAAUUUCUAACCUAACUCAAAUUCAGAAACGCUUCGAAUGUUUAAAUUCAAAUGUGCAGCUCCAAGAAAAACAAUUGUCAAGUGUAAAAAUGAAUAUGUUUAAAUUAAACGAAAGAGUUGAGCAUUUCACUCGGGAAAAUUCAGGACGAGAGACCGAAAGCAUUAUGUUCACUGUUGAAAACACUAAAGAUGAUAUAAGUAAACUUAUUGAAGAUAUGUCCGAAAUAUCACGCCAGGUUUCAUCAUUUUCAGAGCUCAAUUUAACUGAUACUCUUAGAAAUGUAAAGUGCCAUUUAGAAGAACAUCAAACGGAGAUAAGGAAUCUGAAAGAAGUAAUGGAAUACCAAAAUGAAAAUAAAUCGAUGGUUUUCUGGAAACGGCAACCUGUCGAGGAAAAAAUAUUAUACGUUGGUGUCCAGGAGCAUAAGCGACAAAAGGAUUUGAACAAAACAAUUGAUACGAAUUGUGAUAAGAUGAAGGUGGCUGAUCAAAUACUCUUCGAUAAAACAACUCAUACUUGCUAUUAUGUAUUCAACUCGUCGAGAAAACUGCUGCCUUACCAUUCUGCCAAAAAGAAAUGUGAAGAUGCUGGACUUCAUCUGUUGUUCACUGAAAGUGAAUAUGAACGGCGGUAUGUCGCUGAAAAAAUUACGAAGGUUAUCGGGGCACACUGGAUUGGUGCAGAACGACUGGGUUCUGAUUGGUUCUGGGUACACGGCUGUGAAGCAAUUGAUACUGUCAUCAACAUACCCUGGAGAUAUAAUCAUUCCGUACAUUAUAUGCGAGCGCUAGUUUGGGGUGACAAAUGGCUUGGAGCUGGGCAGAGGAGGCACGCUCGCUAUAUCUGCGAAGAUGAACAAGUAAAACUAGAUAGCUGCCAAUAUUCACAGAGUUUCAAGAAGGCCAAAUCGGAAUGGUCCCUGUCAUCGCGGCAGCGAAGUUUCAAGGCGUUCCAUGCUGUAGACUGCGGCCGACUAUGUCUGGCGGAUGCGACUUGCCAAGGAUUUUGUUUCCAAAAAUGGGGUCAGCAAACAUGCACACUGUACGGGGUAAAAAGUCACCAGAAGCCAAGUCAAGUGAAAUGCAAAGUCACAAAUGAAUCGUGCUACAUUCGAGUGGAUGACUGCGUCGAUCAAUAAACUAUUCCGAAUUUGCUAAUGCAGACGUCUAUAAGUAUGUUUUCUGUUCAUGUGUCGUCGUGCAGAAUAUAACGUAUCACGUUCCUUCAAUAUAUAUAUAUACGAACACAGUAGCAUACGAAUACACAUAUGUGCUCGUGUGUAUGUCUGUGAGUGCGCAUGCGCGACGUUUAAAAAAGCGGGCACCGGUAUCAGCACUUACCAUAUAUUUCCAUCGAUAAAUUGAAAAUUCAGAAAUUGUUUUUUUGCUUCGUCAUCAUUGCCUUCGACAUUGCCGCCACCAAAACCAUCACUACCAUCAUCAUCAUCAUCAUCAUCAUCAUCAUCAUCAUCAUCAUCAUCAUCGUCAUCGUUAUCAUCUUCAUCAUCGUCAUCAUUAAAGGACAAAACAGGAUACUUUACAGUAUCAAUUUCGUUUGUCGCUUGUACGAAAUUUUUCAAACAUCAAAUGCUUGACUUUAGAAAACCUACCUGAAGCCUAAUUGAGGAACCCUGAUAGAAUAGGUAUAAAAGCUGACCAACAUGAAAAGUACCGCACGGUCGUUUGCUAGAAAUAGCAGCAAAAUCUCCAUUCAGAUUACAUCCUACCGCAUUGAAAAAUAAUACGGACAUAUUGAAUAAUCUACUAAGAAAAAUAGGAUAACCAAUGAUGGCUCAUCUUUGAGCCUGGUUUACUUGGUUUGAGCUGAACUGGGCUAAACAACAAUAAUAAUAACAAUUAAUAGAUAUACAUGGUUAUCCAUCCCCGUUUUUGAUUGGACAAUUUGGGGUGAGUCAUUAAACACACAAUUGUCAGCAUAGACAAUUUCGUUGGAUCAUGUAGCUUCAAAGAAUGAUGCCGGAUCUUGCCAGAACUAUGAAACUUGAAACUGUUUUGGCCACUAAGAGAAUGUAACAUUCGAGUUGUGACUCAAGAUUUGUUUCUUGCCUGUUAUGUACAAGUAGUCAAUAUAAAAUUUUUAGACACAU